UCAAGCAACUUCUCUCCUGCGCCAUCUUCAUCCCAUUCAUUCAACUCCAACACACAUAACAGAUUCCAACUACUCUACUUUUCCUUUUGCACCUUACCUGUACCAGAUUAAUGGAAUACAGAAUCUAAACAACAAAUGAUUCCGAAGACUAAAAAUAAAUAUUCAUAUUGAGCAUAACUGUGAUAAAAACUUAGGCCCUUUCCUGGAAUGAAUCCAUUGUUUAUCAAAGAAUUUGGGAGAGAGUUUUGCAGUUCUCUUUAAUGGGCUGCUGCUAUUCAUCUUCAAAGAGAACCGGAACGCCAGGUUAUGAGGAACCCACCGUUCUUGCAUCUCAGACACCUUGUGAGUAUCAUGAUCCAUCAUUGAAUGUUACUGUUAGUGAAGUAGAAGCCUUGCAUGAGCUCUUCAAGAAGUUGAGCAAUUCCAUUAUUGAAGAUAAUCUUAUUCACAGGGAAGAAUUCCAGUUGGCACUAUUCAGGAACAGAAACAAGAAAAAUCUGUUUGCGGAUAGGAUUUUUGACCUGUUUGAUCUCAAGCGCAAUGGGGUCAUUGAGUUUGGCGAAUUUGUUCAAUCAUUGGGUAUUUUUCACCCAAAUGCACCUUUAGAAGACAAAAUUACUUUUGCUUUUAGGUUGUAUGAUCUGAGGCAGACAGGGUUUAUUGAAAGGGAAGAGUUGAAGGAGAUGGUAUUGGCACUUCUGCACGAGUCGGAUCUUGAGCUUUCAGAUGAUAUGAUUGAAAGCAUUGUGGACAAGACUUUUAGUGAUGCUGAUAUAAAUGGUGAUGGAAAGAUAGAUCAAGAAGAGUGGAAAGCAUUUGUAUCCAAACACCCAUCCUUGAUAAAGAAUAUGACUCUUCCAUAUCUGAAGGAUAUUACGUUGGCAUUUCCAAGUUUUGUUGUAAGAACAGAAAUUGAAGAGUCGGAUAUGUGAAUUUGGAAGGUUUUGGCUUCAUAACAGAUGCUAUAUACUAUAUACAAGUUUAUAGUAUCUUGGAUUUCGUCUCUUGAUAUUGUUGCUGUGAAGAGAUGACCUUAGCUGCAGUGCUAAAGACAAGAACAUAAUUUGGUGUACGGUUCCCCAACAAAGUUUCUAUACCCGGUUUCGCAAAUGCGCAGCUACCAAGUAAAAUUCUCUCUAGUUAGGUAGAUAUACCAAAGGGUACGAGUUAUUCACUUGAAUUGUUAAUUCAAAUUCAAGGUUAGCUUGUACAAGCAUUUUAUAUAUAUAUAUAUAUA